AUGUAUAAUAACAAACUGCACAAGAACUGAAACAACUUAAAAUGGCUCGCGUAAAUUCAUCAUUAGAAAUUUCUUUGGACAGCAUAAUAGACAGCGAAAACGAUGUUACGACGAAUAAGGAAGACGAGCGCGAUAUUCAAAAAACUGAUCCCUUUGUUGACAAAGUAACGGGACGGUACGUGAGACACAAUUGGUCCCUUGUUGCUCUAGAAGAUAUCAUGGACCUCUGCAAUGAAAAGCGAGAAGAGUGCGACAAACUGCCAACGAAAAAGCAACAAAUAAUGAAACUGUUUCGCCAAAAUCGAGAUCUAUUGGAAAUAUUUUAUUACGUCGAUUGUGAGAAGUGUAAUUGUGCCACGAAAGUGAAUUCAGAAAAUUCGAAUAAUGUGAAGUGUUGCCGAUGUGAUACAGUUUUAAAGACUAAAGAGACAAACUUUUUUGUGAGUUUUCCCAUUGCGCCGCAAAUUUUGAAGAGUUUGAAGGACAAUUGGUCCUAUAUCAGCACAUUCGACACUUCCAGCAAUCCCAUGGCAUUCACUGAUGUACACGACGGUGAAAUCUUAAGAAAUGUUUUGGAACAAUACCGCGAGACAGAUGUCAAUAUUGUUUCGCUGAGCCUCAAUAUAGACGGUGCAAAUAAGUUCAAAUCUAAUGCUCUUUCGGUGUGGCCGAUUCAAUUGGUACAAAAUAACUUGCCACCACGCAUACGAUUCCUCCCGGAAAACAUAAUCAUUUCGGGGUUGUACUACAACAAUGGUAAGCCGGACUGUCAAAAAUAUCUACUGCCGUUAGUCAGUGAGUUGUCGGAAUUGAAAGAGAACAACAUCAAAAUAACAAUUGAGAAUGAGGACUUCACCUUCAAGCCACUCAUCACACUUGCAGUCGUUGAUUUGCCAGCGAAGAGCAUUCUUCAGGAGACAAAGCAGUUUGGUAGCUAUGAUGGGUGCACGUAUUGUGAAAACCCAGGUGAACUGGUCGAAAUAAAAAGAGACAAAAAAAAGAAGAAAGCAAUCAGCAAAGACAAAAUAACGACGGAAACUUCGAAAUUUGUACGCUAUCUGGAAGGGGACGAAGAUUUCAAGUUACGAGAUGAAGUUGAUACGUUGGAGAAAAUGCUACAAGUGCAUACGUCUUCAGAUGGAAAAGCUAUCGAUGGCAUAAAAGGUGUAUCGUGCUUGGUUGGCCUCGAACAUUUUAACAUUAUAUUCGGCAUGGGAAUAGACUACAUGCACUGUGUACUACUUGGAUCAGUGAAACGGUUAAUGGAUUUCUGUUGUAAUCCAAAAUUUAGUCACCGAUUGUUUUACAUUGCUCCAAAGAUAAGAAAGACACUGAACGAAAAAAUUUUGGCAAUAAAACCGACGUCAAGCAUCGUUCGCAAACCUCGAUCGUUGGAUCAACGAAAAAAUUUUAAAGCGAGUGAAUUCAGAUCACUGUUGCUGUACUACUUGCCAGUAUGUCUUCCUGGGUGCUUACCGAAUCGAUAUGUACAACAUAUUCGCAUGCUGUCUGCGGCGGUAUAUAUGUUGUUAAAGGAAAACAUACCCAGGAUUGAGGUGGAUCAGGCUGGAGAAAUGCUCAAUGACUUUGUAAAGCAACAUCAAGACUUGUACGGAAAAGAGAAUAUGGUUACGGUCAUUCACCUGCUAAAGCAUAUCACCGUAGCUGUCGAAAAACAGGGCCCACUCUGGGCACAGUCAGCUUUCCCUUUCGAGCGGAACAACGGAUGCAUUUUGAAAAUGAUCAACGGAACGACGGACGUACUGUAUCAGAUGUCGACUAAAUAUGUCCUGAAGAACUCGCUCACAAAUCGACCUGAUGACACGAAGAAAGCAGUACGCAAGAACGAUAAUUUUCUGGGCAAAAGUAUUACCAUUGCAGAGCAUGGUCUGUUUGCUCUAAAUGUCGUUAAUCUCCAAAGACUAAAUCUUUCUAACGUUCCGUUGGAGGUAUAUAAGCGUUGUCAACUGGGAAAGUCAAUUUUCACCAGUAUCUUGUAUACAAGACCGAAAAGAUCGGUGGAUUAUUUUGUCAAAUUGUUUGGAGGACAAAUUGGUGCUGUAAAAUUUUAUUGGAAAAUGGGCGAAGAAAAUUUUGUUUUUGUAGAGGAGUACGAAGUAAUUGACAACAUUUAUCACAUCGAGAAGGUCCAAUCGACAAAGAAAGUAAUUAUGGCCCCGAUUGAAUUUAUUACAGAAAAAAAGAUUUUUAUGCAAGUUGGAUUGUAUAAAUAUGUUGUUUCUCCUCCAAACCACUAUGAAAAUGAAUAA